AUGUGUCCCCCGCAGCUGAGGACAGUGGUUUUCGUGGCCUGGUUGCUGUGUUACUUCGCCUGUCUGCUGUCUGUGAGGAGGAUGUGGAGCGGGAAGUACGCCCGCAGCCCCCUUGUCCGCUCGCUGUUUGAGAACAUGGUGACAGAGGAGGAGGAGGAGGACAGACUGGAGUGGUACCAGUGCUGCCCAGAUCUGCUAGGAGAGUCUCUGCGAGAUCUUUUUAUCCAGAGCCGCCUGGACUCGGACACCAGGGCUUUUCUCCAGCACAGUAAGGAGAAGUCGGGCUGGCUGUUCACGCAGCUCUAUCACUCUCUCGUCUCGACCGUCCUCGGUCCUCUCGUGUCACGGACCUCCAUCAACGGGUUUCUGGGUCGGGGAGCAAUGUUCGUGUUUUCUACAGACCAGUUCCGGCAGUUGCUGCGAAUCGGGCCAGACUGGAGGGCCGAGAGACUCUUGGAUCUCGGUGCUGGAGAUGGGGGGGUCACAGAGGUGAUGGGAGUCCAUUUCAAACAGGUCUAUGCAACUGAGGUCUCAGUACCCAUGAGAUGGCAUCUGCAGAGGAAGAAUUACUCGUUACUGGGUACAGAUGAGUGGCAGCAUGCUGGUUUCCAGUACAAUGUGAUCAGCUGUUUGAACCUGCUGGACCGCUGCGACGAUCCUCUGCAGCUCCUGCAGGACAUCAGAAGAUCCUUAGUCCCAAAGACAGGAAGACUUGUCCUGGCUGCUGUGCUUCCUUUCCAGCCAUGGGUAGAAAUUGGAGGAAAGUGGGUGCGGCCAAAAACACACCUAAGAGUUGCCGGAAAGACGUGGGAGGAGCAAGUAACCAACAUGUCCAGUGACGUUUUUCAGCAGGUUGGCUUUCAGGUGGAGGCUGUGACCCGUUUGCCGUACCUCUGCGAAGGAGACAUGUACAACGAUUAUUAUGUUCUGGAUGAUGCUGUGUUUGUUCUCAAGGCCUCGGAUGAAGGUGACGAUUCUGCUCCAUAA